AUGGAACUUUCGAGGGAAAGUGAGGAUGAUUUCCUAUACUGGAAAUACCAUCCAUCAGGUAGAUAUACUAUUAAAACAGGAUACUACUACCUGACAAAGGAACUUGGGUUAGAGAGCUCAACCUUCUUGGCAAGGGAUCAAGACUUUGUCAAGCUGUUAUGGAAAAUGAAGUUACAACCAAAGUGGAAGCUCUUUCACGAUGGGAUAGCUGUCAAAGUAAAUUUGGCUAAGAGGGGAUUUCAAAUUGAUACAGUAUGUGAUCACUGUAGAGCUGGUAAUGAGGAUAGCCAACAUCUGUUUAGGUUUUGCACUCAGGCAAAGGAAGUUUGGGACUCUGAACCUCUAAAUAUUUGCCUUGACUUUUACAGGUCUUUCUCUUUGAAAAGAUGGAUCCAACACUAUAUCCUGCUCUUCUAUAGCGAGGAUGGUAAGCAUGGUACCCGUAUUGCUUUGUUCAUUGCGACGCUUUGGGGUUUGUGGAAAUCAAGGAAUGAGAGAUGUUUCAAGGAAGUGGAUGGGACGACGAGCCGAGUAAAAGAAUUUAUAUACCGUGCAAUGCAGGACCAUGAAAUCCUUAUAAAUCAAGACAGUUUAGCAGAUGAAUCGGAGGCAACAAGUAGGGAUAGUUCAGACUUUCCACCGGGGUUCAAUCAUGUCCAAUUAGGGAAAGAAAAUGGGGGUUUUGAUGAUUUUGUCAUGGAGACAGAUGGUUCUUGGGAUAAGAAUACUACAAGGGAAGGGAUAGGAUGGGCGGUUAAGGUAAAUAACAAAGGAUAUGCCCUUGAAGAGGGCGACAAACAUGGGGUAGUAGCGUCAGUCAUCCAUUGUGAAGCAUGGGCUUGUCCGGAAGCAAUGAAAUGGGCUCGUGCUAAGGGGAGACAGGGAAUCCUAAUCUUUUCGGACUCAGCUUCGUUGUUGAAUAAUCUACAGGAUACGAAAAGGAGAAAGGUCUCGAUUACUUGGAUUAUCAAGGAGUUAAGGAAGAUAGGGACGGUGUUCCAGAGAUGCACUAUUUUAAAAGUUCCUAGAGAGCAAGUUCAAAGAGCUAAUGACAUUGCAAGACAAUGCCGGGUUAAUUUAACGAAUUAG